GGUUGAAUGUUAAACGUCAUUUUCUGGUUUAGUUGAGUAACAACUCUAUUGAAUAAUCACAAAUUAUUUCGAGGAUGUCCUCUUCAUUGUUGAGGCUGAGAUGCCUUUCAAAAUGUCCCAUGUCACUAAAAUAUUUGUCCAGUUCAGCCGUACGAUCCAGCGAACCACAAGUUAAAAACGAUAUUGUCCACCUAACCCCUGAAGAAGUAGAACAUAAGAAAAAACUACAGAAUUAUAUUACCGUACAAGGAACUACCUGCAUAGCUCCUAUUACUGGGGUUCCAGAAGAACAUGUGAAAGAACGUAGAGUAAGAAUAUAUGAACCUGCCAAGAACUGCAUGCAAAGUGGCACCUACAAUAUUGGCCAUUGGGAAAUUGACUUUGAAACCAGAGAACGAUGGGAGAACCCAUUGAUGGGCUGGUGUUCAACUGGAGAUCCACUGUCUAACAUGAAUGUAGAAUUUUCAACCAAGGAGGAUGCUAUUGAUUUUUGUGAGAAGAAUGGAUGGACAUGGUUUAUUCAGGAGAGCAGCCUUGAGAAGAAAUUCAAGCCCAAAAGUUAUGCUGUCAACUUCUCCUGGAAUAAACGUACUAGAGUAUCCACAAAGUAAUUCUAGACCUAAUAUACUGUACUGUAA